AUGGCUAGCCAAAUGCAGUCAUCAACAGCCACCUCCGUGGAGCUCCGCUCCAUGGGCGGAGCAGAAGAACGAGCCCAUCGAGCAGAACCAACGGCCCCAGAAACCGAUCCCAAUGACUUAAUGCAAGCCUCUGCAAUUGCCGACUCCCAGGUUCCAGACGGCGGAUAUGGUUGGGUCGCUGUAUCCGCGUGCGCCGUGAUAGCGUGGUGGUUCACAGGGACAUCCUAUAGCUGGGGUAUUCUGCAAGCCGCGCUAGUGAAAGAGGGCGUUUCGUCGUCGUCGACACUGGCGUUUGUUGGCUCGCUUGCGGUUGCUUGUAUCUCGUUCUUGGGAAUUAUUAAUGCGAGGUUGAUUCGCAGGUUGGGGGCGCGGGUUUGUGCGGUGCUUGGGAUUGUGUUGUUGAGUAUGGGUGAGAUUUUGAGUGGGUUUGCCUUGAAUAAUAUUGGGGGACUGUUUGUUACUGCUGGGGCGGUUAUGGGGAUGGGGAUUAGUCUUUGCUUUAUGGUCGCAGCAGUUAUUCCAGCCCAGUAUUUCAAGGCUAAGCGCGGAAUCGCCAAUGGAAUUGUGUACGCUGGAGGAGGACUUGGUGGAGCAGUUAUCAGCUUCAUCGUCGAUGCUCUGAUCCAAAAUACCGGCAUUGCCUGGACAUUCAGGACAUUGGGUCUAGUAACCCUAGCCACGGGUAUCCCAGCAGCCCUUUUUGUCAAAGAGCGUGUCCCAAUCCGCAAGUCCCCUGCUAUUGAAUGGAGCCUCUUCCGCGACGCCCGCUUCACACUCCUCUUCUGCAUGGGCGCAAUCGCCACGUUCCCACUCUUCGUCCCACCCUUUUUUCUCCCCCUGUUCACCUCCUCACUGGGAAUGAAGUCCUCCGUCGGCGCCGGCGUAGUCGCAGCAUUCAACUUCUCCUCUGCGCUCGGCCGGCUCACAUGCGGAUACUGCAGCGACACAUUAGGGCCGCUGAAUACGCUCUUCGCCUCCCUCCUCCUCAGCGCUGUGAGCAUGCUUGUCUUGUGGCCUGUCUCUAGCUCGAUAGGACCACUCGUCGCAUUCGUCAUCAUAAACGGCAUGGCGAACGGUGGGUUCUUCUCGACCAUGCCCACAGUUGUAGGCAAUGUGUUUGGGUCUGCGCGGGGCGCCCCGAUUGCAGGGUAUAUCCUCGAGGCUUCUGGUGGUGAUGAGGGCGGGAUGAACGCGUAUAGACCGGCCAUUUUCUAUGCUGGGUCAUUGGCAUUGACUUCGGCAGUUCUGGCAGCGGCUAUCCGGUUGAAGACGGAGAUGAGUUUGAAGAAAAGGCUGUAGGGGUUGAUCAUGCAGCAAGGAUGUUGUCCGCCUUAUCCUACUGAUAGAUAAGACGUGGCCAGGCCUCCUUUCUUAAUAUAAUCCGGCAAGACGAGGAUUUCUUAGACAUUCGCCGCAAUAUAGUCAUUAAACAUCGGUUGCUGUCUUGAUUUCUGGAAUUUGUAACUAUACGUGAUGAAUAAUUCAACAUUACAGGCAUCUUGCGAACCGCCAACAGUAAGCUAUCCUACAGAAAGGGUGGUUGGGGGGUAUAUUCCACAGCUUCUCAUGUGGAAGUAUGUUUGCCGUUAAGCCUCGACGGGAGGCAGUCGCACUUACCUUGACGGAGGGUAUGCACCAGUCACAAUUUUAAGGAAAGACCAGCUACUUAGAUAGGAAGGUGCGACUACUUGACUUGGAAGGAGCAACUGUUGCUCCUUCUUCU